AUGAAUGUUUUGUCUCUAAUGUUGAAUAAAGCAGCAGAAGAAGGAUCGUUCAAUUAUCAUCCUAGUUGUGAGGCUCUUAAACUUACUCAUCUUUGCUUUGCUGAUGAUUUAUUGAUCUUCCUCGAGGGUUCUGAGCUUUCUUUAAGGGGAGUUAUGUCAGUUCUUGCAGAUUUUGCAGAAAUUUCUGGGCUAACAAUGAAUAUGGAGAAGACAUCCAUGUUUUGUUCUGGUCUGAAUGAGAGUUGUGUGUUGAGGCUACAAAGCCUAUUCAAUCUAAACCUGGUCUCGCUUCCAGUUAGAUACUUAGGUCUCCCUUUAUGCUCCAAGAAGUUUUCAGUGACAGAUUGUGAUCCUUUGUUGUCUCAAAUAAGAAAGAAACUCAAUUGUUGGACUCACAAGUUUCUGAGCUUGGCGGGAAGGUUAACACUUAUAUCUACAGUUAUUUCGGGCAUUGUAGGUUUUUGGACUAGUGCUUUCUUCCUUCCUAAGCAGGUUAUUCGGAGGAUCAAUGGCCUUUGUAGCUCUUUUCUUUGGCAUGGAAAGGUAGAUAUACCCUCAGGGGCUAAAGUGUCAUGGUAUGACAUAUGUUUUCCAAAAUUGGAGGGUGGACUUGGAUUAAGGCACAUUGGUACUUGGAAUGAGACUUGUGCCUUAAAACUCUUUUGGUUGCUGUUUUUCAGAGCUGGUUCUUUAUGGGUAGCAUGGAUAAGAAGUAAGUAUCUUUCUACAUUUCCUUUGUGGGCGCUCAAUGAAAACAAUGCUGCUUACUCUUGGAAUUUUAGAAAAUUACUUAAGUUACGUCCCAAAGCUCUUAAGUUUCUCAGCAUCAAUAUUGGAGACGGUGAUUCUACCUUCUUCUGGUGGGAUCCUUGGACUCCCUUUGGUCCUCUUUACCAAUUUCUUGGUUCAGAUGGCCCUUCUCACAUAGGGAUCCCUCUGUUUUCAACUGUCGCUGAGUUGAGAAAUGCAGAUGGGUGGUCUCUCCCUAAUGCCAGAUCUGAGAGACAAGUUCUUCUCUACUCUUUCAUCUCUACCAUUACCAUGUCAUCAUCAAAUGAUACUCCGGUUUGGGCAAUUGAUGGUAUUCCUUACAAGUUUUUCUCUUCAAAAGCUGUGUGGAAUGCUGUUAGGAUUUCAAAUACAAGAAAAUUUUGGGCUCCGCUUGUGUGGCACAAAGCAGUCAUUCCAAAACAUGCUAUUACGUCUUGGCUGUUUAUACUUAAUCGUAACCCUACUCUUGAUCGUUUGUCUGCUUGGGGAUAUGAUGUUGAGUUAGAUUGUCUUCUUUGUGGGCUAGCCUGCGAAUCUAGAGACCAUAUGUUCUUUCAGUGUGCUUUUUCUGCAGAGGUCUGGAGUUUGAUAAUGCAAAGGCUUCAAAUCUCUUCUCCUCCAUUUCUCUGGGAUCAGAUCCUCCUUUGGCUGCCAUCGAUAUUAGUAUCAAAGCAAAAAAAACUUGCUCUCCUUCAAGGCUGGCAAGCUGCGAUUUAUGAAUUGUGGCGUGAGCGAAAUCGACGUUUCCAUGACGGUCUCUCCCUCUUCCCAGUUCAAGUAGCAAGGCACAUUUUUUCCUCCAUGGAAAAUAAGUGUAAUGCAAUGAUUCAGCUUGGAUUAAAGCGUGGGACAUCAAUUCUUCAAUGCUGGGUUACAUAA